AAACACUUGUUCCCAAAUAAAUUCAAUGCCUUCUCCUUUUGAAUUCUGACGCAAAUCUGAAAGAGCGAAUCGAAUUCACUCCACUACUCCACUCCAAUCAGUUGGCGCCGUUGGCGGCAGUGUCAGUCGACAGUUAGGUUUGAGUGGUUUCUCUGGGUUUGUCAUUGAUAUCGUGAGUUUUUCUUGAGAGGUUUCUCUCGUUGGUUUUAAGUGUUUUACCCAGUUUUUUAAACUUAUAAUACCCAAAAUGGUUACCCACAUUAAAGAUAAAGAUGAUUUGCUUCAAAAGCUCAACGACGCAGGGGACCAAUUGGUCGUAAUUGACUUUUUCGCCACCUGGUGCGGGCCGUGCAAAGUGAUCAGUCCCAAGUUGGAAGAAUUGGCUGGUGAACACACCAACGUUCAUAUUUUAAAGGUCGAUGUUGAUGAAUGUGAGGACCUCGCCAUGGAAUACAACAUUUCGUCCAUGCCUACAUUUGUUUUCAUCAAAAACAAGGUUGUCAUUUCAACAUUUGCUGGGGCUAACUACGAUAAACUCAAAGCCUUCAUUCUAGAAAACAAGUAAAUUUACUUGAUCCGUACAAUUUAUAUUUACUAUUCCUUUAAAAUGUACCACUUCAAAAAAAAAAAAAUUGUAUUUUAUUAUGCACAUGUUUCCGUUUAGCUAUUGGUUUUUGGGAAUUCCAAUAUUAGAAAGUCAAAAUUCACUCCUUAUUGGCACAGAUAAAUUCAUAAAAUUUACAUAUUUGCUUUAUGAGGCUUGUACUUCAAUAUUUUUUUUCUCAGAUUGUAUCUAUGUAGUUUUUUUAAGAAUAUUGUUUGUAAAUUUUUUAAUUCUUAUAAUUUCAAUUAUUGUUAUAUUAUUCCUGUCAAAGACAAUUUAAUUACUUUUUAAUUGGAAAACAAGUAAAUGUGUGACAGUUGGUAGUGCCUAUUAUAAAACUAAAAAGGGUAUUUUGUAGGCCCAGGUUUCAACAAAAAAAAAAUAUAUAUAUAUAUCUAAUUUUAACAGCUUUUUGAAUAUAAUAUAACCACUUAUUACAAGAUGUUUAUUGUACCUUAAAUAAAUAAAUAAAUGAAAAAUUGGAUUUCCAACUUUGG